AUGAGUGAGAACGGAGAAGUGAGCUUUAAGCUCUACCGCUAUACGCCUUCUCUGGUUGCAGCAAUCAUCUUCAUUAUUCUAUUUGUCAUUGCGACUCUCUAUCACCUGUACCAAGUGGUUCGCACGCGAUCCUGGUAUUUUACCAUCUUCGUCGUUGGCGGAGCCUUUCAGAUCAUAGGUUACAUCUGCCGCGCACUAGCCCACGACAACAAGGAAAACAUCCCGAUUUACUCAGUUGGCACGAUCAUGAUUCUUCUCGCUCCUCCGCUAUACGCCGCGUCGAUCUACAUGACUCUGGGUCGACUUAUCGUGCAUCUGGAUGCCGAGAAGCUGAGUGUAGUGCCAGUCAAAUGGCUCACUGCAAUCUUCGUCACAGGAGAUGUAAUCGCAUUCUUGAUGCAAGCAGCAGGCGGUGGUAUCAUGGCCAGCGGAACGAUGAGCGCGAUGACCACCGGCGAACACAUCACGAUCGGCGGUCUUGCCGUCCAAUUAGUAUUUUUCACUGUGUUCAUCGUUGCUUCCUCGAUCUUUCACUAUCGUAUUCGCAAUAACCCCACCGAGAAAUCCGUCAGUCGAUCGCGCACAACUAGUUGGGAAAUCGCCAUGGUCGGACUGUAUGUCGCCAGCAUUCUGAUCCUCGUUCGAUCGAUCUUCCGCUUGAUCGAGUACGCCCAAGGCAAUAGUGGAUAUCUCAUUAGCCAUGAGGUUUUCAUGUAUGUUUUUGAUUCAACGCUUAUGUUCUUUGCCAUGGUUGCUAUGAGCAUCUUGCACCCAUCGAAGGUGCUUUCUCGGUCAUCGAGGCGACAACGCCCGUCUAAGGACUCUCGGUCAGAGCACACAGAGAUGAUUUCCUCGACGGACGUUUAG